AUUUUCUACAAAGCACUUUGUGUGGAUGCAUUCAAUAAAGACGAGGAAAAUCUUGCAACUAUGGACGCACAUAUCAAAUUGAUGGUGAAAUUUUUCGAUGACUUACUGGCAACGCUAGACGAUGAAACUGAAUGCACAAAUCGUAUGAAACAAAUAGGCACAUCACAUGCCGUUCUAGCAAGGACGUGUGGAUUUUCAAGCGAUAUUUGGGAACGGCUGGGUGAGAUCACCAUGGAACGUGUGUGCGCUCACGAAGUCAUACAGAAGACCCGAGACGCGGCUAGAGCUUGGCGAAUAUUAUUAGCAUGUAUCAUCGACGAACUUCGUAGUGGUUUCGACGUUGAAGCUCGCUAUUAUAGGUAAGC